UGAAAAGUGAAGCUACUCGAAAAGCACGUUAAACUGCUCUUCACACUACGGAUAAACGCGUCUGCUUAUGCGUCCUUUUUGGUGAUUUUAUAUUUUGAAUAAAAAAUAUUAUAAACAUUAUAAUAAAUAAUUAUAUUUAAAAAAAAUGCAAGGAACAAUCAUAGAAAAUUUAAGUGGUAGAAAGCUUUCAGUACUUGUAAUAUUACUCAUUAUCGCACAAAUAAUUUGUUUUUUAAUAGGCGGGCUUAUUGCUCCAACUCCAGCUAGUAGCCAAAAUAUACUUGGUACACCUUGCAAAGAUAUUCGUAUAAAUGGAUCUGAACCUGGAGGAAAAAAAUGGUUUUAUUCAAGAGGAAAAGGAUCUUGUAUUCCUGUUGAUAUGAAUCGAUUUAGUUUUGAUAAUCAUCAUCAAGCAUAUCAAGUUGUAUAUACAUUUCAGAUGCCUGUACCUCGAAAUAGCAUGCAACUUGAUUAUUCCAGAUGGCAACAAAAUUUGAUUGGUGUUUUACAAGUGGAUAUUGUAUAUCAUAGUCAAAUAGAAAUUGCUCCUAAGACUAAAAUAACAUUGGAUGCAAGACUUGCUUACAGAAAUAAAGGUGAUCCAGAUGAUGGUUGGAAACCAUAUGCUGCUUCUGUGGUAGAAAGAAUUCUAGAUUGUAGUAUUGAUGAUGCAUUGGAGCAAUAUAAUUAUAAUUGUAGUGUGGUACCAUUAUUUGAACUUGGAUCUCUAUUUCAUGAUUAUUAUCUUUUAAAUAUUCGGCUUCCUGCUGAUACUGAUAGAAAUAUCAAUCAGGGUUUAGGACAUAUAACUGAUUUAUGGCUUACAGCUAUCAAUCAAAAUGGUGGAUUUACAAAAGUAUGGGUUAGUUUAAAAACUAUUUAUUUUCCAAUUGUUUUAUGUGUUCUUACUUGGUAUUGGAGGCGAGUACAUAUGCUUUCUAGAUCACCAGCUCUUUUGGAAUAUUUACUUUUAGCUCUAGGCAUAGCUUUGUCAUUUUUAAACAUGCCUUUGGAAUAUUUAACACUUGCAUAUGAUAUGCCAUUUAUGCUUUUAUUGGGUGAUAUUAGACAAGGAGUAUUUUAUGCAAUUCUUUUAUCUUUUUGGCUUGUAUUUGCUGGAGAACAUCUUAUGAUACAGGAAGGUGAACAAAGAAAUUCUUUAAAAUGUUAUUGGCGUCAUCUUUCUGCAGUGGGUAUUGGAUGUUUAUCAUUAUUUGUAUUUGAUAUGUGUGAACGUGGAGUACAAUUACGAAAUCCAUUUUAUUCAAUUUGGGUAACAGAUCUUGGGACUAAAUUUGCUUUAUCAUUUAUAAUUUUAGCUGGAAUUUCUGCUGGCAUGUACUUAAUAUUUUUAGCUUAUAUGAUAUGGAAAGUAUUCAUGAAUAUUAGUGCAAAAAGAGCUGCUUUACCUAGCAUGAGUUCAGCACGGCGUUUACAUUAUGAAGGUGUAAUAUAUCGAUUUAAAUUUUUGAUGAUUGCUACACUAUUGUGUGCAUCCUUAACAGUUGUUGGUUUUAUUCUUGGCCAGGUUGCAGAAGGGCAAUGGAAAUGGGAUGAAGAAUUACAUUUGGAAAUGACAUCAGCAUUUUUUACUGGUGUAUAUGGAAUGUGGAAUAUUUAUACCAUAGCAUUAUUAUGUUUAUAUGCUCCUUCACAUAAACAAUGGCCUAUUGAACCAUCUGAAAAUAGUAUUAGUGAAGAAAUUGAAUUUUCACGUUUAUCCACUGAUCCUAAUGAAAUGUUGUCUUUAACAGCAUUUGCACGAAAAACAGCAGUAGAAUAAAUGAGAAUGCAAGGACUGAUAAUACUCUGACAAGUAAUCUUUUGAUGCCAAAAUUAAUUAUUUAUUAAGAAGAAUAUUUUUAAAGCUUUAUUUUUUCUUUAAUACAUUUACUUAAUACUU